UGUUUCUUCUUAAGGGUCAAUGCAAAGUGCAUCCUUUCAGAUACUUCGCCCUCCUUCUUCUCCAAAUUUGUUCACAAUGAGAGACUUUGCUUCUUGUUUUAGUGAAUAUACAGUUCAGGUAUCUGAUACUUCAUGUUCUAGUUAUUCAAAAAAUUCUUGCAUGACUCCUGCCCUGAUCCCUUCAAUUCAAAAUGCUGUCACAUGUCUCUACAGAACAAUUCUCUCUACUCAGAAGCAAUUUUUGAUCUCAGCCACAUGGUACAAGAAUAAUAUUUCUCAAGGCCUAAAUAUUACCUUUAGUAGUGAUCCAUCAACUACUAUUAAACUCAACUUCAAUUCGAGGUUAUUCAGAAAGCUUAAAGGCAGUAAAUCCCUUGAAUUCGACAACUCAAACAUUGAAGUUUUCUGGGAUUUUUCAACAGCCAGAUACCACACAGGUCCUGAACCUCUUGAUGGAUAUUAUGUUUUUCUCAUUGUCGAUUCAGAACUCAGCUUAAUUCUUGGUGAUAUGGGUGAAGACACAUCAAUAAAAAAGCUCAAAUCUGCUACUCGAAUGGCUAAAUUCUCAUUAGUUUCACGGCAAGAACAUAUUUCUGGCAGCUCCCUAUAUUCAACCAAGGCUAAGUUCUGCGAAAAAGGUGUUGCUCAUGAUAUUUUGAUACAUUGCAGUGGAGAAAACGAAGGCCUAAAGCAUUCGGUUCUAUCAGUUUGUAUUGAUAAGAAGAUGGUGAUUCGCGUAAAGAGGCUACAAUGGAAUUUUAGAGGAAAUCAGAUUAUUUUUCUUGAUGGUUUGCUUGUCGAUCUCAUGUGGGAUGUUCAUGAUUGGUUCUACAAUCCUGCAGCAUCAGGCUAUGCAGUGUUCAUGUUCAGAACUAGAAGUGGAACGGGUAGCAGAUUGUGGUUAGAAGAGAAAUUGGUGCCGAAAGAUGAAGAAAAAGAUGAAUUCUCAUUAAUGAUCUACGCCGCUAAGAACGUGUAAAAGAAAAUUAUUCCACGGUUGUUUUGUUUCCAUUCUUCUAAUAUGCACAUCUGUUAAAAAUGUGCUUAACAUUUUUUCUGGGUCCAAUGAUGCAGUCCAAAAUGGAAACUGAAGUAUUAAUUCUUGACCCAAUUGAUGGAAUGUGACUAGGUUUGGCCCAUGUUUGUUUUCCAUCUUGCAUUACUUAAAGAUACGUUUUAAAUGGAAGGCUGAGAUGAAGACAAGUAUUGCUAGCUGGUCCAUUGGAUGCAUUGGUGACCUUUUAUAUUCUUGACUCUCUAUUUUCUUCUGUGAUUCGAGAUUAUUCUAGGUUUUCAAUCUUUUUCGUCUUCUUUGUGAUCUCUCUGAAAAACCUUGGUUUUCAUUCUGUAAUCUCGAGUCUUCUGAUUUUCUUGGUGAUUUCUAGUCUGAUUAUUGAAAUAGUUAGUCACUUAUUGUUCUUUGGUGAACUCGAUUACUUGGUGCAAUCUUGAAAUGAGAGA